GUUUACAAUAGCAAUUUACUGCUUUCACGUCUUUUCGAAGGAAGUAUUAAUGAAAGUGUUGCCUUCUGUCUUAGACGGCAGUGAAAAGAAUCGUGUAAAUCCGAACGAACAAUUUCAUUUCCGUGAUGAAUUAAAAGCGGAAAAGACAAUUCGGUCAUUCCAUAAGUUAGAAUUCAACGAUUCCGUCAUAAUACGCAUGAAGCAUGAACAUUAUGCUUAUUUUAUUCUCAACAAAGAUCAGUGCAUAAUUACGUUCUCAUUUUUGGAUGCGCACGAAGUUCCGGUAGUUCAGUUUAGAAUUAACCCUGGCAUUGCUCAAGUAAACUUUUGUGUUUCAAUACAGUUAAAUGAUUUAUUAGAGAUUCGUUGCAUUAAAAGUGAAAGUUAUGUUCUGGAUUAUUUUCCUUUUUCGUUGUUAUGCCAUUCUUUGAUUGCUGUUUCUGUUAAUUUUCCGAAUAACAGUUAUCGAAAAUAUUAUGAAUUUGUAAUAUUAUUCUCAAGUGCUGGCAUAAAGCUAUUUUACAAUGAAGAUGACUAUAUGACGACAGAUCGUUGUGUCAAUCGAAUUACCGAAAUUACUAAACUCAGUCUCUCUGUAAUCAAAGCAGAAAAGUUCGAAGCGAUGGUGGAAGUACAAACUGAGAAAUCUGUAACGGAUCCCCAGCAAUUGGCACAUUGUAAAAUCAAUUCCAAUAAACCACAAAAUUGUUAUCGAUUAUUACCCGAGUAA